AUGGCGGAUCCACUGAGGGGUUGGGGCUGCAGUGAGCCGUUCCUGCUCUUCAUGCUCCUGGGGACGCUGUGGGAAGCUGGGGCCGGGCACAUCCGCUACUCGGUACCAGAGGAGCUGGACAAAGGCUCCUUCGUGGGUAACAUCGCCAAGGAUCUCGGGCUGGAGCCCCGGGAGCUGGCGGAGCGCGGAGUCCGCAUCGUCUCCAGAGGUAGGACGCAGCUCUUUGCUCUGAACCCGCGAAGCGGCAGCUUAGUCACUGCAGACAGGAUAGACCGGGAGGAGCUCUGCGCUCAGAACGCGCGGUGUCUAGUGAGUUUUAACAUCUUGGUUGAGAAUGAAAUGAAAAUGUAUGGGGUAGAAGUAGAAAUAACCGAUAUUAAUGAUAACUUCCCGCGUUUCCGGGAUGAGGAAGUAAAAGUAAAAGUCAAUGAAAAUGCGGCGGUGGGAACACCAUUAGUACUUCCCUUCGCUCGAGAUGCGGAUGUGGGUGUGAACUCCCUCCAGAGGUAUCAGCUCAGCUCCAAUAUACACUUCUCUUUGGAUGAGAAAAGCGGAAGAGAUGGACAGAGAUAUCCAGAGCUGGUACUGGAACAGCCCUUGGAUCGCGAGAAAGUAGCUGUUCACGAUCUCCUACUCACAGCUUUAGAUGGCGGAGACCCCAUACUCUCUGGUACCACGCACAUCCACGUAAUGGUCCUCGAUGCAAACGAUAAUGCUCCCCUGUUCACCCAAUCGGAGUACAGAGUGAGUGUUCCAGAGAACAUAGCUGUUGGCACUCGGUUGCUCACACUAACUGCUACGGAUCCAGAUGAGGGAAUAAAUGGGAAAUUGACAUACUCUUUUCGCAAUGAAGAAGACAAAAUUUCAGAGACUUUCCAACUUGAUUCCAACUUGGGUGAAAUCUCAACUGUGCAACCACUGGAUUAUGAAGAAUCCAGAUUCUAUGACAUGGAAGUGGUAGCUCAGGAUGGAGGUGCUCUUCUUGCCAGCGCUAAAGUACUAAUCACAGUACAGGACGUGAAUGACAAUGCGCCUGAAGUACUCCUUACCUCUCUGUCCAGUACCGUCUCUGAAGACUCUCUUCCGGGAACCAUAAUUGCGCUGUUUAGCGUACAUGAUGGUGAUUCUGGAGAGAAUGGCGAGAUUGUGUGUUCUAUUCCCAGGAACUUACCCUUUAAACUGGAAAAGUCAGUUGAUAAUUACUAUCACUUAUUGACAACUAGAGCCCUGGACAGAGAAGAGAUCUCAGAUUACAACAUCACAGUAACUGUCACUGACUGUGGAAAUCCACCACUGUCUACAGAAAACCACAUCUUCCUGAAAGUGGCAGACAUCAACGACAACCCUCCCAUUUUCCCUCACACCUCAUACUACACCUACAUCCCAGAAAACAACCCCAGAGGCAUCUCGAUCUUCUCUGUAAAUGCCCAUGAUCCCGACAGCGGCAACAACGCCCAGGUCACUUAUGCUUUGGCUGAGGACAAAUUUCAGGGAACGCCUCUGUCAUCCUAUGUGUCCAUCAACUCUGACACGGGAGCCCUGUAUGCACUGAGGUCUUUCGACUACGAGGAGGUUAGAGAACUGCAACUGUGGGUGACAGCCAGUGACAAUGGAGACCCUCCACUCAGCAGCAAUGUGUCCCUGAGACUGUUCAUCCUGGACCAGAACGACAAUGCACCUGAAAUCUUGUAUCCUGCCCUCCCCGUCGAUGGCUCCACGGGUGUGGAGCUGGCACCCCGCUCUGCAGAGCCUGGCUACCUGGUCACCAAGGUGGUGGCAGUGGACAGAGACUCAGGACAGAACGCCUGGCUGUCCUACCGCCUGCUCAAGGCCAGCGAGCCAGGACUCUUCACAGUGGGGCUGCACACGGGCGAGGUGCGCACAGCGCGGGCGCUGCUGGACAGAGACGCGAUCAAGCAGAGCCUGGUGGUGGUGGUCCAGGAUCACGGCCAGCCUCCUCUUUCUGCCACCGUCACGCUCACUGUGGCUGUGGCUGACAGCAUCCCAGAUGUGCUGGCCGACUUGGGCAGCCUCGAACCCUCCACUGACCGUGACGACUCAGGUCUCACUUUGUACCUGGUGGUGGCUGUGGCCUCGGUCUCCUGCGUCUUCCUCGCCUUUGUCAUCGCACUGCUGACUCUCAGACUGCGGCGCUGGUACACGUCGCGUGCCCUGCAGGCUUCGGGCAUCGGGUUGGCAGGCUUGCCCGCCUCUCACUUUGUGGGCGUGGACGGGGUGCGGGCUUUCCUGCAGACCUUUUCGCAAGAGGUCUCGCUCACCGCGGACUCUCGGGGGAGUCACGUGAUCUUCCCACGGCCCAACUACGCAGACACGCUCAUCAGCCAGGAGAGCUGUGAGAAAAGCGAUCCUCUCCUGAUACCUGAGAAGAUAAACGCAAAGGAAAGAGAGCUAGAAGUUCUUCAGGUGAGUUUUCUUUUUCAGUAG